AUGGCUGCCCUAGGGGACGAAGUGCUGGACGGUUAUACGUACUCCGCGUGCUCCCCCUGCUCCUUCCGGUACUCCUACUCGCCGGCCGCCAAGGCCAAAGUCAAAGGAGCUGGCGCGGCGAACCGGGGCUGCCCUCCCGCCUCGUCGUCCUCCGCGGCGGGGACGGUGUCGCCGUCCUUCUCGGGCUGUGGUCAGCAGACGGCCGCCAACUUCUUCGACAGCUACCAGCGAGCGCAGUUCAUAGCCCUCCUGUCGCAGGUGAGCCCGGGCGUCGGCCCGCGCUUCUGCAGGGCGGCCAGCUGCGACGCGGCGGUGCAGGUGAACCCGCAGAGCGACGCCUCGGUGCAGUGCUCUCUGGGGUGGCGCACGCUACCGCGCAGGGCCCGCGACCCGGGUCCCCCGGCCGGCCCCGGAGCCGAGGGAGCGGCGUGCGGGGGCGCGGCGUCCCAGCAGCCGGCCCGCCGCGGCCGGGAGCAGGGCAGUCCCCCCAAGGGCGCCCCGCGGCCCGUGCGCUUCCCGCGCACAGUCGCCGUGUACUCGCCGGUGGCCUCCCGCCGCCCCGCCGCCUUCCUGGAGGAGGCCGAGGCUGCGGCGGGCGAGCAGAGGUCUGGGGCGACAGAGGGAGAAGGCGGGCCGCCCCCGGCGAGGCUGCAGGGUCCGGAGGAGGGAGAGGCAGCGGCGAGGAAAGCGUCCGGACGGCCGCAGGCUGAGGACGACGACGAGGCGCAGGGCGCGGGUCGGGCGAGCCGGGAGCAGGAGGCCGGGGAAGGCGAGCCCGCUCCGCCGCCCGCGCCCAGGAGCCCGGAGCAGCCUCCGCCAGCGGGCAGGCCCCGGGACGGCAGCGACGGAGGGGACGGAGGGGAGCCGGCCGCCGCUGGAGAGAGGUCGUCGCUGAAAAGCCCCGAGCAGGGCAAGGAGCGCUUGGGAUUCCAGUUCUUAGAACAGAAAUACGGCUAUUAUCACUGUAAGGACUGCAACAUCCGCUGGGAGAGCGCGUACGUGUGGUGCGUACAGGGCACCAACAAGGUUUACUUCAAACAGUUUUGCAGAACUUGCCAGAAGUCUUAUAACCCUUACCGAGUGGAGGAUAUCACCUGUCAAAAUUGUAAACAAACUAGAUGUUCCUGCCCCGUAAAACUUCGCCAUGUGGACCCCAAGCGGCCCCACCGUCAAGAUUUGUGUGGGAGAUGCAAAGGCAAGCGCCUGUCCUGUGACAGCACGUUCAGCUUCAAAUACAUCAUUUAA